AUGGCGGCGGCGGCGAUGGCCGUGUCCGAGGGCUGGCCGGAGUUGGAUCUGGCGGAGCGCGAGCGGCGUCGCGAGCUGCUGCUGACCGGGCCCGGGCUGGAGGAGCGAGUGAAGGCGGCGGGCGGACGGCUGCCGCCGCGGCUCUUCACGCUGCCGCUGCUGCACUACCUCGAGGUGAGCGGCUGCGGCAGCCUGCGCGCACCGGGGCCGGGCCUUGCGCAGGGCCUGCCGCAGCUGCACAGCCUGGUGCUGCGGCGCAACGCGCUGGGUCCCGGCCUGAGCCCGGAGCUGGGGCCGCUGCCCGCGCUGCGCGUGCUUGACCUCUCGGGCAACGCGCUGGAGACGCUGCCGCCGGGCGAGGGCCUGGGUCCAGCCGAGCCCCCUGGUCUGCCGCAGCUGCAGAGCCUCAACCUCAGCGGCAACCGCCUGCGCGAGCUGCCCGCUGACCUGGCGCGCUGCGCCCCUCGCCUACAAAGCCUCAACCUCACCGGCAACUGCCUGGACGCCUUCCCCGCCGAGCUCUUCCGGCCAGGAGCUCUGCCCCUGCUCAGUGAGCUGGCAGCUGCCGACAACUGCCUGCGGGAACUCAGCCCGGACAUCGCGCACCUUGCUUCGCUCAAGACACUGGACCUCUCCAACAACCAGCUGACAGAGAUCCCUGCUGAACUGGCAGACUGCCCCAAGCUCAAAGAGAUCAACUUUCGAGGGAACAAGCUUCGAGACAAGCGCCUGGAGAAGAUGGUGGGUGGCUGCCAGACCAAGUCCAUCCUAGAGUACCUGCGUGCUGGUGGCCGCGGCGGUCGGAGCAAGGGCCGGCAAGAGGGCUCUGAGAAGGAGGACAGAAAGAAGAGGCGGGAGCGAAAGCAGCGCCGGGAAAGCGGGGAGGGCGAGGAGGAGGUAGCAGACUCAGCCAGGCUGAUGCUCAAGGUCUUGCAUGUCUCUGAGAACCCCACACCCCUGACAGUCAGGGUGAGCCCGGAAGUCAGGGACGUGCGCCCAUACAUCGUGGGGGCCGUUGUGAGAGGCAUGGACCUGCAGCCAGGAAACGCACUCCGUCGCUUUCUCAACUCCCAGACAAAGCUCCAUGAGGACCUCUGUGAGAAGAGGACAGCAGCGACCAUCGCGACCCAUGACCUCCAGGCUGUGCGUGGGCCCCUGCUGUAUGCAGCCCGGCCGCCCGAGGACCUCAAGAUUGUGCCCUUGGGGCGGAGAGAGGCCAAGGCCAAGGAGCUGGUGCGGCAGCUGCAGCUGGAGGCCGAGGAACAAAGAAAGCAGAAGAAGAGGCAGAGCGUCUCAGGGCUGCACAGGUACCUUCACCUCCUGGACGGGAAGGAGAACUACCCCUGUCUGGUGGACGCUGAGGGAGAUGUCAUCUCUUUCCCUCCUAUAACAAACAGUGAGAAGACAAAGAUUAAGAAAACAACUUGCAACUUGUUCUUGGAAGUAACGAGUGCCACUAGCCUGCAGCUCUGUAAGGACAUCAUGGACAACCUUAUCCUGAGAAUGGCAGAACUGAGCAACAGUGCUUCAGAAAAUAAAGAGGAAGACGUGCUCUCGGGUACAGAAGCCGAUGCCAGCUGUGGGCUUUCUGAUCCCAACUCCAAUCUGAGCUCUGGAAAGGAUGGACAGCGCCCCCUGGUGGUGGAACAGGUCCGAGUGGUGGACCUUGAAGGGAGCUUGAAGGUGGUGUACCCAUCCAAAGCCGACCUGGUCACUCUCCCUCCCAGUGUGACUGUGGUUCGCUGACAGGUGGGGCUGCGUCACUGCCCUCUGUGGCUCCUGUAGGUGUGCUGUAGCUGUCUGUGUAACUGGUUGUUCUCUGCUCCAUUUCUCCGGGUGUCGUAAGGUGUCUGCUUUUGCCCAGGUGACCGUUGUGACAUUGAGUCUGUGCCAUCAUUAUAGCUCCAGUGUGACUCCUGUCUGCUGUCCUCAUGGAUUACCCACAUCACUGCUGGAAAUGUUCUGAGUCAUGUGGCCAGUAACUUAGGAGAGACACCAAGCUUGGCUGACCGUGACAUGUCAGUUCAGGUUGAAUGGCAGGCAUUCUAUUGAACGGUAUUUAUUUUUCUACAACAUGUUAAUAGCAUUUUUAUUAACAUCAGCUGUGCAAAGACAGAUGAGACCAUCAUGAUGUGAGUGUAGUCUUGUUUCCACACAGUGCUUCUGCCGUGUUCCCAGGGCAGCGUCUGCGCCUUGGCCACGGAAGUCACCCGUGCCCAUGUAGUCCUGUGUAGUCACACAGACCCUGUGAGUGAGUGGGAAGGCUGCUCUGUGGACUAUCAGACAGUAGCCCAGGCAGCCAUGCCGCACACAUAGUCCUGCUGUGUGUGCAUCCUGUGUCUCUGUGCAUGUGUUAGCGUCUGUACGCAGCACACAGCUGCCGUCCCUGAAGCCAGAGUGCUUAUUCCUAAGGACCCAGCCAGCUGCAGAAAGGACUCGGUGGCCCCGUGCCUUACCAUCUGGCUGAGGAGAACCAGAGCCUCAGCCUUCCCACUUGACACCUUCUCAUUGCCGGUCUCUGACCUCAAAGGACAAUCUCUACCUUCUGUAAAAGAACAGCUGUUUGGGGUUGUUCACAGGUUUUGUUCUAAGGCUGUACGAGACUCUUUAGCUGUCAGAACUAGUGAAGCUCCAGGUCCCUCAUGGCAGACCCUGGACAAAGCUGGUGGGUGUUCUCCAUGAGACACACCUGCUCACAGGUCCCUUUGGCUGCUGCAAGAACUCACCUACUAAGUGUCUAGGGUGGAGCUGCCCAGGGCUCAUCCUGUCUCCCCCAGUUCCUGCUGUUCCCUCCAGCACAAUCCAGGUGUGAGAUUCAUUGAGAAUUUUGGAGCUGUUUUUACAGAUUCAAGCAGAAUGCCUUUGUUCUAAUAAAACUAAUAAAAACCCUUGGUAACAUC